UGGUAAUACGGACAAUUGCUGAAAUAAGGCAUUAGACGAGUGAAAGCAAGAAAGUAUUACUCCUCCCUCUCUGACUCGCAUUCAAGCUCACAAAAACGCCUCCCUCUCUAUUUGUCAUGCACAACGUAUGUUUGUACACCUGCCAGCAACAAACAUCUCUCUCUUUUAGACUGUCAUCAUCGGAUCACAUUCGUUUUUCAUCUAUUUAUUUAUUUAUCUUAUUCAAUUAUUCGCAAUCAUGGCGCCAACUGCUACUUCGUCAAACGGACAUGCAGUGAAUGGCAAUGGAGUGGCCACGCAAAUCAAAAGCAAACUGAACGAUGUUGUGAAUACAGCACAUACAGCUACUGCAAGUGCAGUUGGUGUCGUUGCAGGAGCAGCAACAACAGGAACAACCUUGACAAGCUCUGAAACUAUUCAAAAAGAACAUGAUUUUGCAGCUCACAAUUAUCAUCCUUUACCGGUUGUCUUUGAUCGUGCAAAUGGCGCACACGUUUGGGAUCCAGAAGGCAAGCAAUACAUUGACUUCUUGAGCGCAUACAGUGCUGUCAAUCAAGGUCAUUGUCAUCCAAAGAUUGUUGCUGCUUUGGUUACACAAGCGCAAAAGUUAACACUUUCUUCUCGUGCAUUUUACAAUUCUGCUUUCGGUCCUUUUGCCGAAAAGGUAACAAAGAUGUUUGGUUAUGAUAUGGUCCUUCCGAUGAACACUGGAGCAGAAGCUGUUGAAACUGCGCUCAAGCUUGCACGUAAAUGGGGUUAUAUGGUCAAAAAGAUUCCUGAAGGCAAAGCAAAGAUUUUGAGUGUCGAAAACAACUUCCAUGGAAGAACAUUGGGUAUAGUCAGUAUGAGCACAGAUCCUGACUCAAGAGUAGGCUUCGGUCCCUUCUUGGAAGGUGUUGGCCCUGGAGUUGGUGAACUCAAGAUCCGUUAUGGACAUGCAGAAGAUUUGGAAGCUGUCUUGGAAAAGCAUGGAAAUGAAGUGGCAGCAUUCUUGGUGGAGCCAAUCCAAGGUGAAGCAGGAAUCGUCGUUCCGCAAGAAGGCUACUUGCAACGAGUUCGUCAAUUAUGUGAUCAACACAACGUCUUGCUCAUCUGUGACGAAAUUCAAACGGGUCUAGCACGUACCGGUAAGAUGCUAGCAUGUCAAUGGGACAACAUUCGCCCUGAUAUGAUCACCUUGGGUAAAGCACUUAGCGGUGGUGUUUAUCCAGUUAGUGCUGUUUUGGCCGACAAAGAAGUCAUGCUUACCAUCCAACCAGGAGAACACGGAAGCACCUACGGAGGAAACCCACUAGGAUGUGCCGUUGCAUCAGCUGCUUUGGACGUUUUGGUAGAAGAGAAGUUAUGCGAACGAGCAGACAAAUUGGGUGUUGAAUUCCGUGCAUCAUUGACCACGCUUAUGCAAUCAGGAAAGGUACCCAUGUUAAGUGGUGUACGUGGACGUGGAUUAUUGAACGCGAUCGUGAUUGAUGAAAGCAAGAGUAAGAUUCAAGGACGUGGAGCAUGGGAAUUAUGUCUGUUGCUCAAAGAAAAAGGUUUACUGGCCAAGCCGACCCAUCGUAACAUCAUUCGUCUUGCACCUCCUCUCGUGAUCGAUGAAGCAGAUUUGCAAUGUGGUGUUCAAAUUAUCGAAGAAGCCUUGCAACAACUCGAUACAUUGGAAAGUACCCCUGGUGCCGAUGAAAAGCACUAAGAAGCCGAUUGCCGUCCCCAUCGAUCAAGGAAUUUAACUGGAUUCGAACUCUUUUUUAACAAUUCUUAAUAAGCAAGUUUCCCCAUCUUUAGUCUCUCUCUCUCUCUCUCUCUCUUCAUUGUUUCCCCUCAUUCAAAGGACAGCUACGAAAACAUUACAUGUAUUUUACCCAAUUACCAGUGUAUACCAGAAAACCACAAAACCACGGCCGUUAGCCGACUUUGUGGGAUGAAUAAUGAUGCAGCAUUC